AACAUUUUAGAUAUUUCGAUUAAUAAUUAGUUAGAGAGCUCAUUUCUGGACUACGUGGAAAGUAAACAUGAACGAAAAACUGAAGGAUACAAAUCCACCACCUACUGCUGCACAAAACUGUCUUCGAAAGUACAUCAUGUUUACAUGUUUAAUGGUUUUGGUGACUGUGAUCACUACAACUGGUGUAGCAACUAUUAAUAAGCUUCAGCAUUUGUACGGCGCCUUUUACAUACCACUGGUUUUUCUUGUACUCGGUGCGAUCCCCGUGUCAGUGUUAUUGAUUAUUGAGAAACUUAGAGAGACUUUUCCACUUAAUGAAGGACUGAUCUCACUUUCGGUUUUACUAUGGUCUAUCGCCUUACCUGCUGUCUCCAAAUCCAUGGGAUCUUUUAUUUUUGCACCAUGGAUUAUCACAAUCAUCGUAGCUGUGUUGACACUGAUAAUUGGAUACAGAACUGUAAAACGGAGUGCGAAAGUGAGCAUCAUACUAUUGAGCGUCGCUGGUGGAAUCACAGUGUUGGGUAUCAUUCUGUUAAUUGCCUUUAGACUUGCCCAGCGUGAAAUAACUGCAGUUAUUCUGUCUGGCAUAUUUUUGGCUUCCGCUGUACUCAUAGUGUUAUACCUAGCUGGACAAGGUAUAAAACGUUGCAACAAUGAAACAACGAG